GUGUGAUUUCCAUCGAGGACUGGCCGCUGGGUUAUUGUGGAUCACGGGUGACCUGAGACAGAGAGAAGAAAAUGUCUAAAGUUUCAGACCUUUACGAUGUGACCUGGGAAGAAAUGCGUGAUAAAAUGAAAACGUGGCGAGAAGAAAAUUAUCGAAACAGCGAGCAGAUACUGGAAGUUGGUGAAGAGCUGUUAAGUGAGCAUGCGUCAAAACUUGGAGAUGAUAUUUGGAUAAUACAUGAACAAGUCAUGAUUGCUGCCCUGGAUUGUGGUCGUGAUGACCUGGCAAUGUCUUCUCUUCAAGAACUACGGAGGCAGUUUCCUGGCAGCCACAGAGUAAAGAAAUUAACAGGCUUGAGAUUUGAGGCUAUGGAAAGGUACGAUGAUGCACUCCAGAUUUAUGACAGAAUAUUGCAAGAAGACCCGACUAACACAGCAGCAAGAAAGCGGAAGAUUGCCAUUCGGAAAGCUCAGGGGCGAAAUGCUGAAGCCAUUCGAGAACUGAAUGAGUAUCUGGAACAAUUUGUUGGCGACCAAGAAGCCUGGCAUGAACUUGCAGAACUUUACAUUAACGAACUAGAUUAUGCAAAAGCUGCUUUUUGUUUGGAAGAGCUCAUAUUGACUAACCCUCACAACCACUUCUAUUACCAGCAGUUUGCCGAAGUGAAAUACACUCAAGGUGGACUUGAAAAUCUUGAAUUGUCGAGAAAAUAUUUUUCUCAAGCUUUAAAACUGAACAAUCAGAGUAUGAGAGCCUUGUUUGGACUUUACAUAUCAUCUAUCCACAUUGCUUCCAAUCCAAAAGCCAGUGCGAAAACAAAGAAGGACAAUGUGAAGUAUGCAACAUGGGCAGCUAACCAAAUAAAAAGAGCUUACCAGCUUGCAGGUCGUGCUAUGAAAGACACCCAGUCAUCUUUAAAGGCCGUUGAAGAUAUGUUGGAAACUUUGCAGAUUACACAGUCCUAGCCUUUACAAUUCUAUGCAUUGUUCAAUCCACAUUAAUUCAUGUAACACAGUUGUUGCUCUCAUCACUGUUUCUAGAUAAUUUAAAUUAAAUCUUCUUUAAUAACGA